AGUUUGUGCCAUAUUGGAAUGAGGUCGUGAACGACUAGGCGGAAAGGAACGGCAUCUAAAACCGACUUGAAAAACUAUUUACUGCUGUUGACCUGGCCUAUAGGGAGACCAAACAUGAGCCAUGAGCCUCUGGAGUCUGAUGGAGACUCUGGUCAGGAUGUGUCUGACUUCAGCUGGGAUGACUAUCUAGAGGAGAAUGGGGCUGUGUCGGUUCCCCAUCAUGCCUUUAAACAUGUGGACCAGGGCCUACAGACAGGCUUGACCCCGGGCAUGAAGCUGGAGGUGUGUGUGCGCUCAGAGCCAGAUGGACCUUAUUGGGUGGCCUCCAUCAUUACUACCUGCGGCCAGCUGUUGUUGCUGCGCUACGAAGGGUACCAGGAUGACCGUCGCGCUGACUUCUGGUGUGACAUCAUGACAGCGGACCUUCAUCCGCUUGGAUGGAGCAGGAAGCAGGGCAAAGUCAUGAAGGCUCCUGAAGGUGUGCGUGAGAAACACCCGGACUGGGAGGCCCUGCUGGAGAGGGCCCUGGCAGAGGAGUGCAGCGCACCUGCCAACCUGCUGGAAGGGCCCCAGCGUGGGAAGGACCCAGUGGAUCUGCUGAGCCCAGGCUGCAGUGUGGAGGUGCAGGACAGCCAAGACCCUGCGGUGGCCUGGGCUGCAGAGGUUGAGGAGAAUGUGGGGGGCAGGCUAAGACUGCGCCUGUUUGGCACAGAGGGUCUCCCAGAUCCUCUCUCCUCCCUCUGGCUCUACUAUUUCCACCCACGCCUCCACCCACCUGGCUGGGCUAAGGAGAACGCCUGCACCCUCAGGCCACAUACAGACCUCAUCCCCCUGUGCAAGGAAGAAGAGUGGGAAGAUGUGAGACAGCGAAUCAGAGAUCAUCCUGAGGAUGUGGCACUGACUGAAGAGUUCUCCAAGGACCAACCUGCAAUCUCAACCCACUGCUUUACCGAGGGGAUGAAACUGGAAGCUGUCGACCCUGCUGCCCCUUUCUGUAUCAGUCCUGCCACAGUCGUCAAGGUGUUCAAUGAGCAGUACUUCCUUGUGAAGAUGGAUGAUAUCCGUGGUGAUGAAGGGCCAGAGGACAGUGGGCGAUCCUUCCUGUGCCACAGAAACAGUCCUGGGAUCUUUCCUGCUCAGUGGAGCCUCAAGAACGGGGUCCCUCUCAGCUCCCCAAAAGGAUACCAGGGGCAGGACUUUGACUGGGCUGAUUACCUUAAACAGUGUGAGGCUGAAGCAGCUCCACAGCACUGUUUCCCCACAGACCAGACAGACCACAGCUUUAAGGAAACCAUGAAACUGGAGGCAGUGAACCCUCUCUCGCCUGAGCACAUUCAUGUAGCAACAGUCACCAAGGUCAAAGGGCAGCACAUGUGGCUUAGUCUGGAAGGGCUUAAGCAGCCAAUGCCCGAGCUAAUAGUUCACGUGGACUCAUUAGACAUUUUUCCUGUCAGCUGGUGCGAGACCAACGGCUACCCCCUCCUCUAUCCCAUAAAGCCUAAAGUUGAAAAGCAGAGACGGAUUGCUGUGGUGCAACCUGAGAAACAGCGAGCCCUGCCCAAAUCCACGUCACCUGACUCUUUUAAGCAGUCAACCAACCAAUCAGAGACAGGACAAGGAAAUGGAAAGUAUUGCUGCCCCAAAAUCUACUUCAACCACCGGUGUUUCUCUGGACCCUACCUGAACAAGGGGCGCAUUGCUGAGCUGCCCCAGUUCAUUGGCCCAGGCAAUUGUGUACUGGUCCUCAAAGAGGUGUUGACCCUGCUGAUUAACUCAGCUUACAAGCCCAGCCGUGUGCUGAGGGAGCUGCAGCUGGACCAGGAGGGGCGCUGGCAUGGCCACGGGGAGACGCUAAAAGCCAAGUACAAAGGCAAGAGUUACCGUGCCACGGUGGAGAUUGUGCGCACUGCAGACCGUGUCGCUGACUUCUGUAGGAAAACCUGCAUCAAGCUGGAGUGCUGCCCCAACCUGUUUGGACCACGCAUGGUUCUGGAGCACUGCUCAGAGAAUUGCUCUGUCCUCACCAAAACCAAAUACACCUAUUACUAUGGCAAAAAGAAGAGUAAGCGAGUGGGCCGGCCUCCUGGGGGUCACUCGAACCUGGAGGGAGGAGCCAAGAGACGAGGGAGGCGAAGGAAGAGGAGGAAGCAACUCUUCGUACACAAGAAGAGACGUUCCUCAGCCUCACUGGAUAACACGCCUGCAGGCUCGCCACAGGGCAGUGGUGAGGAAGAGGAUCUGGAUGAUGAUGAUUCUCUGAGUGAAGAUUCUGGCUCAGAGCUGCAGGAUGACCUCCAGGAUGAUUCUGAAUAUUCUGCCGGGAAGUCUCAACCACCGACCCCGUCCCCUUCCCCACCUGCUACACCUAGGCCAACCCGUAGGCGCAGGAAACCUCGCUCCCCGUCCUUCUCAGAUGAUGAGAACCGGCCUCCCUCGCCAAAGAGCUCCAAAACAGAGGUGCCACCGAAGCUGUGUUUAGAUACAAGCCCUCUGGAGUGGAGUGUGACUGACGUAGUGCGUUUCAUUAAGACCACUGACUGUGCUCCCUUGGCACGCAUCUUUUUGGAUCAGGAGAUUGAUGGACAAGCUCUACUCCUGCUAAACCUUCCCACUGUACAGGAGUGCAUGGACCUGAAAUUAGGGCCUGCUAUUAAGCUUUGCCACCAUAUUGAAAGGGUCAAGCUGGCAUUCUAUCAGCAAUUUGCUACAUAGCUGAGGGGGUUUAUUAAAGUGAGACGAUUAAAUGCAGUGCUCAGUCCCAUGACAUGACUCUCCAUAACUGCUGCCUCUGGACAUCCCUUGGAAACUUGCGCCAAGCUCAGACAUCCGAUGGAUCAAGAGCUUUAUCAUUUCCUGUUUCUUUGCCCUGUGUGUUGUAUCUAAGGAGCAAAGCACAUGUGGCACAGGAACAGUAGCUUUGUGUUGACAUUUUACCAGUUCUCCCCUCCCUCUCUAAAUCUUCUAGGAAAAGGGGAAGAAAUGUCUUGCUUGAUUCAGGUAUAGCUAGCCUACAUUCCUGCCGUUUAGGAAUCAUAAUGGCUCCAUGAUCUGAUGAGCUCCAACAACCCCAGAGCGUUUGACAAUGCAAAUACAUGAAGAAGCACAAAGACUACAACUUUUUAGUGGUACGCAAAGUGUACAGGGUGUGUCUGUGUAUAUAGUGUACAUAUUCUAAAGCACCUCUAGUGCAACAGGGUGGUUAGUUUGAUUUUCUACCAAUUACAUAAGCUCCAUAAGGUAUAUGUGCACCUAUAGAAGGACUUUAGGCAUAUUUUUGGACAAGACCUAGACAGAGGAUUGGAUAUUCACAGAAAGAGCUUUUUUUUUUGACUUCUCUGAGAAGGAUUUGAACUUUUGCUUAAUUACACUGAGCAUGAUUCCAAAGCCUAAAAUUAAGUUUUGCCAUCAUAUUACUGUUCCAACCUAUAGGUCUAAGUUUAAGUAACGGGUUUUAAUGAUUGCAUCAUGGGCAUAUGCUUUCUAAAGCAAGACGUUUCUCCUGAAACAUUAAAUUAAAUCUAAAAAUAAAAUUUUAUUUAUCAUUAUUAUAACUAUCAUUAUAAAUCUCUGCUAGUACUGUAGUAUUUGUGGUGUUUACAUUUUGUGAGCAAACUGUUUUAGUUUCCCUCGUUUGCCUGCCUCUACCACUGAGAUCAUUUGAUCUUGAAUGAAACUGGAAUUUGCGUUGAUUUCGUUUUUACUUCUGUGUUUGUGGAAUAUGAUUGCUAUUUAAGAGAAUAUUGAAUAAAAACCUGAAUCUGA